AUGUCAAGUGAUUGGGGGCAGGAUAUUCUCCGGCUCGAGUUCAACAAGUCAGCCCCUCGCAAGCGAGGCCUCGCUGCUAGCUCUCAACAUCGAGGUGCUGCCACGAAAGUCACACCGUCGCCGACCACUCCCGCGGGCUUCGCGUACCUGUUUGCUGAUGCAUAA